UACACUCUGGCGAAUCCAACAGAUGUCUGCCACGUGGAGGUACAGGGAUGCAAAUUUCCCCAUUCUGUUACAAAUUUACAAUUUUCAAGGGUUUUGGAGGAUUUUCUUUUUAUUUUUUUUUUCUUUAAUUCUAGGGCUUUAGGGUUUGGGAGAACAGUUACGCCAUUUCUCCUUGCUUUUCCCUUUUACUCACUGCCUCUCCUCUUUUGCAAUUCCUCCCUGAAGCAAGGCCUCGGUUUAAAAAAAGGACUAAACCCUUCACUUUCUUUUUAAUCUUUUACCCAGUACGUUGCUCCUCCUCAGAAUUUGGUGUUUUCUUCGCCAAUAUUUUUGGCGGCUAGGGUUUUUGACUCUUCGCACAUUCAGACCUUAACCAUAUACUGUGUAUAUAUAGGGGAAGAGACUCAUAUAUAUACACCCAUUGAUAGGUUCAUCCUAAAAUUUUGAUCCAGCCCCUGUUUCGAGAUUCAAUUCAAUUCAAUUCAAGUCGUGAUUUUCCCCAUUGGGUUUGCUUUGAUUCUUUGUUCUUGGCCGAAAUUCCUAUCUGGGUAACCGCUCCAGGUUCUAAAGCCUUCAUCUUUUGAUCAGUGUCUCAAGUAAGUCCUUGUUAUAUGCUUCUUUAUGAAUUCAGAUCACCGUGUUGAUUUUUCUUCCAACUGGGGAAGAUUUUUUUCGGGAUGAAAGAUUCUAGCUUCUUGAGUGAUCAUUGGUUAAAUUGUCAGGUUAAUGGUGUUAAUCUGUGUGCUUUGUGUUGAAUUAGUCUUGAUGAAGAUUACUGAUUAGUGAUUACUUGUGUUUUUUUAUUCAUUGAUAGGAGUUGCUUGAGAAAUUGACACCAGCAGAAUGAGUUACUCGGAUUCUCAGCCUCAUUUCUCACAGCAAUCGUUUCAAUCAGGUAGUGAUGCAAUUGGCAUCUGGCCUCAAUUCUCAAUGAGCGGCAAUGAACAAUUUGACCCGCCUUCGCCCUUUGAGCAACUGCAACAACACCAACCUCCAUACAAGAGGGCCAAGAAUUCUUCUGACGAUGACAACAGCCAGCCUGCGAGUUCAAGGAUGCCGAUGCCACCACCGAGCAACCUCCCUAUCAACCGAGGGACGACUAACAUCUUCUUCAAGACUAGAAUGUGCGCUAAGUUUAAGACUGGGACCUGUAGGAAUGGAGAGAAUUGCAAUUUUGCUCAUGGGAUGCAGGAUUUGAGGCAGCCCCCUCCCAAUUGGCAAGAGCUAGUUGGGGUUAGUGGUGGUGGUGGUGGACGGGUUGAAGAGGAUAAUAGUAGGCAGCCGCCGGUGGUGAAUUGGGAGGAUGAUCAGAGGAUAAUUCUUAAGAUGAAAUUGUGUAAGAAGUUUUGUAAUGGGGAGGAGUGCCCGUAUGGGGAUAGGUGCAAUUUCCUGCACGAGGAGCCUGCGAAGUUUAGGAGUGAUGCAGGCGGGAGGUUUAGGGAGAGUGCUGCAAUAAGCAUUGGGACUACUGGGAUGCCUACUAUGAAUGGAAGUGGUGGUGGUGGAUAUUCUCUGCCUGAAGCUGUUAGGCCUGCUCAGAAUGCUGCUGCUGGUUCAGAUGCGCUUAGGGCCAUGAUGAUGAAGCCUGUGUACUGGAAGACCAAAUUGUGCUCUAAAUUUGAGAUCACAGGUCAUUGCCCCUUUGGUGAGAAAUGCCACUUUGCUCAUGGACUAGCAGAAUUACAAGCUCAUGGCGGACGGCUAGAUGGGGAACCAGUGAAUCAGGGCUCCAUUUUAACAAAGCAGUCGUCUGUUCUUGGCAACGGCAAUCCAUCCCCAAGCAUGGCUAACUCUGUUGAAGACUCACAGGGUAGGAAGAAGUGCCUGCUCAAGUGGAAAGACCCAAAGAAGCUCAACAACAUUUAUGGUGACUGGCUCGAGGAUCAGCCAUUAAUACUGAACUUGACAAACGUGGAGGGCUGAGAGAGCUUCUGAUUUGCUUCGUCGUUAGAUUCUUUUGAUGAUUUGAUUUGCUUGCAUUGCCUGCAAUUUUUUUUUUUUUUUGAAGAUUUUGGUUCAGUAGCAUACUUAGAGGUUCAUUCUACCAAUGGCCAUAGGGAAGAGUUGUUUUAGUUUUUUUCCGGCUAGAUUAGAACUUCUCUUUGCCUUUCUGUUCAAAUCGAAGAGGAGGAAAGAAGAAGUUGAAGAAGAGGGAUUGCAUUGAUUCCUUUGUUUGUUCUCUAGCUAUAUUCGUUUGAUGUUAUGCUGAUGCAGGAAUUUGCAGUCGGCCCCUUUGCAAGGAAAGGGUUGAAAUAGGCGUUUCCAUAUUUUUCUUGUUUGGUCUCCCUCAUUGUUUUUCACUUUUCAGUUUUCACAUAUAGACUUUGCAAAAACUGGCAAUUUUUGUAAUUUGUAACCAUUCCCUAUUUUACUGAAAUUGGUCUUGUGAUUUCUUUGCAAGACAUUUCAGAAUGCAAACGCAGUGAUAAAACUUAUGUGGUGCC